UAAAAAUGAUGAGAAGUUUUCUGAUAUUUAUUAACCUUUCGUGUGUGAAUUUAAGGUGAUAAUAACCUAAAGAAGACAUGGAAGACGUGCUAACAGAGUUACCACCGCCUUCACGGUUCUUCUUAGAAGAUUUAAACAACUUUGCUCCACCCGCACCACCACUACCAUCUCCCUUCAUAUUACACUCCACACCAAAUUCCAAAACCGUAAUUCGACCCUCACUCCUUAUAAUCGCGAUUUCCACCCCAUCUCUACACUUACUCCACCACUUAUCCCCAAAAACACUAAUCGGAGCCCUAAUUCUACCGGAAAUACCAUCCUCAGGGAACUCUGUUAACCCUUCUCUUAAAGACAAAUCUUGCAACCUCUACGCCAUCAGCCACGGUAGUGAAUCCAUCGUUCUUGCUAACUUCCAAUACUCGGUUUCUUCAGAGAGAACCCACUCGAUUGCCAAAACGCUCAUCGGUCAAAACAUUAUCCCACAGCGGGUUGUGAUCUUUGAUUCUGUUCAAAGCCGAAACUUCCGAGGCAGGAUUUCAACAGAUGAUACAUUUGUAAUGAAGCUGGAAACCUCGAGGGAAAGAAAAGGGGCCCCGCUUUUGAAAAGUUUAAGCUAUUUUCCUUCAGGAAGUGUUGUAGAAGGGUUGGGUGCUGCUCUGUUGGGUCGUUGUCAGAUGAUGAAUAUAAAGGCGACUUUGUGUGUCUCGUGGAUCAGAAGAACGGCAGCCGGCCGGAGGCACUCCGGUCGCUGGAUCAGAAGAACGAGGGGGAGAGGAGAAAAGGGGGUGUGCGGCGAUGGUGGAAGGUGGAGGAGGGUGAUGGUGGGUGGAGGUUGAAGAUGAAGUGUGGUG